AUGCGUUACCUCUCUCUUCUACUCUUCGUAUCCGUCGUGUCUGCGGCAGCCACCAGAUUUCUCAAUCCUGAUGCACUUCUAAAGGACCUGGAGGACCGGGAUUGGUUCAAGGAGAAUAUCCCCAUCAUCGACGUCUCAGAUAAAGCAAUCCAGGAGGUCUACUACUACCGCUGGCAGACCUAUCGGGAACAUCUUGUCUACACCGGAGCUCAGUAUGGCUACAUGGCGAGCGAGUUCCUAAGCCCCGUCAGCUAUGGAGCACCCUUUGGUGGCAUUGUAGCUGCCGCAGGUCACCACAUCACCGAAGGGCGAUGGUUACGUCAAACCAAAUACGGGCAGGAUGUUACCAACUAUUGGCUCUCGGGCCCUGGGCAGUUCCCCAAGCCGAUGAAGGAAGAGGUCAACAAAGAUACCUCCGACUGGGCCCAUGAGUACAGCUUCUGGGCUGCUAGUGCCUUAUGGAAACAGUACCUCGUAACAGGAGAUCGCGACUUUAUUAUUGGCCAGCUCGAGAACCUUGUCAAGCAAUAUCGAGGUUGGGACAAUCACUUCAAUGAGUCUCUUGGCUUGUACUGGCAGGUUCCCGUUUGGGAUGCUACAGAGUACACGGCUGCUUCCUACGAGUCUAGUGAUCCUUAUCACGGAGGAGCUGGCUUUCGACCCACGAUUAACGCAUAUCAGUAUGGUGAUGCGUGGGCUAUAUCGCAAAUUGCUGCUCUGCGGGGUGACACAAAGUUGGAGGAUGAAUACCGAAAACGUGCUGAGGGUCUUCGAAGUUCCAUGCAAAAACAUCUUUGGGAUAGCAAGGCCGAAUUCUACAAGCAUCGGGCCCACGACAGUAACCCUUCUGGUACACUGUUAAGCACCAGAGAAAUCAUGGGGUAUCUCCCAUGGACUUUCAACAUGCCCAGUGACGACACCAAGCUCGCUGCGUUUUCCCAGCUUAAAGAUUCUCAGGGAUUCUCAGCCAAAUAUGGUCCAACUACAACUGAGCGACGAAGCAAGUGGUUCAUGUACGAAGCGCAGAACUGCUGUCGCUGGGAUGGUCCAUCGUGGCCUUUUGCUACCGCACAAACUUUGACCGCAGUCGAAAAUGUCCUCAACGAUUAUCCCGCGCAGAAAUACAUUACUUCCUCUGAUUAUUUCGAUAUGAUUCAACGGUACGCCAAGACACAGUACAAAAACGGCAAACCGUGUGUUGCUGAGGCACACCAUCCAGAUACGGAACAAUGGAUCUACGAUGGGCAGAACCAUAGCGAGGACUACAACCAUUCUACAUUCGUCGACAAUGUUCUAGCAGGUCUUCUGGGUCUUCGAGCACAGUCUGAUGAUACAAUCAUCGUUAAUCCUCUGACUCCCGCAUCCUGGGAUCACUUUGCCGUCGAGAAUGUAGCUUACCACGGUCAUUCUAUCACUAUUCUCUGGGAUAAAACCGGUUCAACCUACAACCGAGGCAAAGGCUUGCAGGUUUUCGUCGACGGGAAGCUUUCUGGUAGCCGCGAUGCGAUCGGAUCUCUAAAGGUGCAGGUCGGUGCUUAUGUACAACCUGCAGCCACUGCUUUUUCUGUCAACAUCGCCACCAACAGCCAGAGAUUUCCCCAGCUUACCACUGCUUUCGCUUCCUAUACCUCGCCUCAUGACCACCCCAUGAGAGCAAUCGAUGGUAUCGUGUGGCGGACUGGAAUCCCACAAAACAGUCGCUGGACUUCAUACCAGAGUCCGAAUCCAUCAGACUACUUUGGAGUUGAUCUGCGCAGAACUCAAGUUGUGUGCAACGUCCGUUUGUUCUUUUAUGAUGACAACGACGGCGUGCGCCUUCCAUCAAAGUAUGAUCUUCAGUAUAAAAAAGGUGAUACUUGGGUUACUAUCCCUGAACAAGUCCGCAGUCCGAUGCCAACUACCUCAAACGUUGAGACCAAGAUAACAUUUCCUGGCAUAUCGACUUCUCAGAUUCGUGUUGUUGCGCCUAAUGCUGGAUCCAAUUUCGGCUGGGGAGUAUCCGAGCUUCAGAUUUGGACGCCUGCCAUCUUCCACAUCCGUAACGAGAACAGCGGCAAGCUUAUGGGUGUGGAGAAGAAAUCUACCGCCAACAGAGCGAACAUACAACAGUUCGAAAGUAGCAGCUCCCGAGAUCUGCUUUGGCAGUUUAUUCCCAGUGCUGGCGGAUGGUGGAAGAUUAAGAAUUUGAAUAGCGGACUCUUGCUCGCUGUUGAAGGGGCGUCGACAGCUAAUAGCGCAAACCUCCAACAAUUCGAGGAUAAUGGCACUGAUGAUCAUCUAUGGAGGGUUGAGUCCAAGGGAGAUGGUCUGUUUUUGAUAUGGAAUAAGAAGAGCGGCAAGGUUACUGGCGUUGACCGCAUGUUGGCAACCGAUGGCGCCCAGGUCGUUCAAUUUGAGAAUAGUGGUACCAAAGAUCACCUGUGGAGUCUGUUGCCAGCUUCUACAGAAGACUGUUCUAAGUCAUCAUGA